AUGGGCGAGGUAGAAGCUGAGGAGUCGAGGGACAUGGUUAGGUUCCCAGAGGGAAGAGACAGGCCUCGCGCGAGGACGAGGGAUGGCGCAGUGGUAUACCCGAAGGCCGGGACAGAGGUCUGUGCAAAGACAGAGGACAGAACAGCGACGAGGGUCUGUACGAGGGCAGAGAUAAAGGUCCGUAUGGGGACGGAGAUAGCGACGGUCGGCAUGUUAACCGAGAGGGGCGAGGUGAGGAAUGGAGAGGCGGCGAAGAUCAUAGCAGCGGAUGCACAGGGCAUGAGGGACAGCAGAAGUAACGUGGACUGA